UCCCGUCCGCGGUGUUCUUCCCGAUCACAUCCACGCCAUUGAUGGACAGGAGCGCAUGUCCCACUGCGCCGCCAAACCACCACUUCAGUUUCAAACAGCUCAGUAAAAGACCCGUUUUCAAUCAAACGUUUAACAGGCUAAAAGUUAUGUAAUGCACUUGAUUGUUUUGCGCAUUCAGAGAGUUCAGAUGUGUGUCGCUUUUGGUGAGGAGGCUAGCUGACGACAAGCUAACUCAUUAUUAAUGUACCUUUAAUUCCGUCCCGCUGUCCAAACGAUACGAUGACCUUUUCGUCGUGGUGCUUGAGGACCAAAUCUAACGGAUAGCUAAAGGUCUUCUCCACUUCACUCCGUGGGACGUAGUUGUCAUAUUGAAACAGGUUGUCCAAAGGACUGUUGCAAGGGCUCAACUUCCUUUCGAUCCGACAUCUUGACGAGGAAACAUGCCUCCUAAGCAGGAUAAGAAGAAGGAUGCUGGGAAGUCCAAAAAGGACAAGGACCCAGUCAACAAGUCUGGAGGCAAAGCCAAGAAGAAGAAGUGGUCCAAGGGAAAGGUGAGGGACAAGCUGAACAACUUGGUCCUCUUUGACAAAGCAACCUAUGACAAGUUGUACAAAGAAGUCCCCAACUACAAGCUCAUCACCCCCGCGGUUGUAUCAGAAAGACUGAAGAUCCGUGGCUCUCUGGCCAGGAAUGCUCUCCAGGAGCUGCUGUCUAAAGGCAUGAUCAAGCUGGUCUCCAAACACAGAGCACAGCUGAUCUACACGCGUAACACCAAGGGUGGAGAUGAGGAAACAGCAGAAAAGGCAUAAUCGGGGUCUCCUGUUUCUUUCCUGUGACCUGUUUGUAAUGAAAGGUGUAAUAAAAAUCUAAAAACAGUU